AUGACCCAGAAAGGACUGGAGACUAAAAGAAGCAGAAGGCUGCAGAAAGUUGAAGGAAGCAAGACUACUGGGCUGGGACCUUGGCUUACUUGGAAAAACGGAAGCCACGGGAAGACAGACAGGCAAUGGUCAAGGCUGGCAGGUGAUAGGACAGGAGCAUAUCCUCUGCCCUACUUCUGGCAACCUCCGACUGAAAAUAUCUCUCUAGUGGAAUUUGAAAAUUUUGCUGUUGAUAGACUUAAAUUGCUUAAAUUAGUUGAAAAUCUGGGCGUGAGUUAUGUGAAAAAUUCUUCUGAGUAUGUGCAAAAACUGGAAACAGAACUUCGAAGACUUAAAUUUCCGUACAAAGCAUUGGUUGAAGAUGAUUAUGAUGCAAGAAGAAAAGAUCACAUUUCUCAUUUCAUACUGCGUCUUGCCUACUGCCAAUCGGAGGAUCUCAGAAGGUGGUUUAUCCAACAAGAAAUGGACCUCUUCCGCUACAGAUUCCAUCAAUUAAGUGACCAGUUGGUUGAAAACUUCCUUGAAUAUGUUAAUUUGGCAUAUAAUAUAAUCGAUGCAACUGAAAGGACCACUAUUAAGGACCAGUUACUAAAUUCAACACCUGGCUUCAAUAUUACUAAAGUAGAAAACAUGGUAUUCUAUAAGGUUCCUUUUUGUGAUGCUUUGGAUUUAGUUCGAAUAAGAAGAGUUUACUUCCAUGGAGGCUAUGCUUAUGUACCUCACCAAGAUAUUGUUACCAUUGUCCUGAACAAUUACAGAAUGAACCUGUCUAAGGCUCUGGCACUAACAGCACGAUCUUUGCCCGUGGUACAAGCUGAUGAGAGACUCCAACCUCUACUCAGUCACCUCAGCCAUGCAUAUGUUGGUCCAGAUUACAACAUUCAAAAAACUACUGGGAAAAUUUCAUUAGAACAAAUAGAUGCUCUUUCAGUUAAAUCAUUUCCUCUCUGCAUGCGUCAGCUGCAUAAAAGUCUGCGUGAUAAUCAUCAUCUCCGCCAUGGAGGCCGUAUGCAAUAUGGUUUGUUUCUAAAGGGAAUUGGUUUGACACUAGAACAGGCUCUGCAGUUUUGGAGAUCUGAGUUCAUCAAAGGAAAAGUGGAUGCAGACAAGUUUGACAAAGGAUACGCUUACAGCAUCCGACAUAACUAUGGAAAAGAAGGAAAGCGAACUGAUUAUACUCCAUUCAGCUGCAUGAAAAUUAUCCUGUCCAAUCCGCCAGGCCAAGGGGAUUAUCAUGGGUGCCCAUUCCGCCACAGUGAUCCUGAGCUACUGAAGCAAAAGCUGCAGGCUUAUAAAAUUCCUCCCACUGGGAUCAGUCAGAUUUUGGACCUGGUAAAGGGUAUGCAUUACCAGUUGGCCUGUCAGAAAUAUUUUGAACUGGCACACAACGUCAGUGAUAUUGGGUGGUCUCUGAAUCAUCCAAAUCAAUAUUUUAUAGAGAGUCAACAGCUACUCAGUGGCAUCAAGGAAAUCAAGGAAGAACCAAAGCCAUCCGAAAACUCUCAGCAAAAGCACAGCAGCCAGAAAAAUACAAACACAGCCACUGCCUCUUUAAAUCCCGCAGAAGAAAUGGAGUUGGAGGGACUGGACGACUGCUUUAGGGAAGAUUAAGGAGCAUAUUUUUUCCAUUUGCAGCUUGUCCUUCAUGGCUCUUUCAAGUCCUUUGAAGUUGCCCUCUCAUACGAAUGAAGAGUCAGCAUUGUGGGGAACAGUAGAAUUCUGUUGCAUUAAAGAGAAGUCUGUUAAAUAUAAAAAAGAAAAGUGCAUUAUAAUUGCACCAGCCAAAUAACUGUUGCUUCUUUUCUGGAAAGUAGCCACUCUGUAUGGAAUGCGAACUGCAAAAUAGCAUGCAAGACUUGUUUCUGUGGCAGUAUGUCACAUUUUUAGUUUUGGGCAAACGUUAGUUUCAAGCCUUCCUAUCUUGUGCUUGUUGCGUUACUCAGCUUUUUCACUUGACAUUGUUUUUAAAAAAUAAAUCAGAGUCUGAAAUGUGAAGAGGGUAGAUAUGUUUAUAAUGUAUUACUCUUGCAAACAAGGGGGCACUUCUUGCUAUGAUUCAAAUUGUGAAGGUAGCUUUUUAAAAGGUGGAUUUUCCCCCCCUUUGAUUCAAAUUGCGAGGAUGGUUGUUUGAAAAUCAAGCUCAAAUAUCACGAAACAGAAUUCUCGACUAGGAUCUUGGAAACUCAGGUUCAAAUCCUCACUCUGCUGUGGAAGUUCACUAAGUGACCUUGGGCGAGUAUGUCUUGGCCUAACUUACCUUACAGGAAUAAUACUUGAGAGAAUAAAAUGAAAGUGUAGAGACCAAUUUAUUUACGCUGCUUUAUAUCUCCACUGGGGAGUUAACCAGGAUGUAUAUUUGUAAAUAAAUUACUAAAAUUGA